AUGUUCUGUAUCGGGGGCCGACACACGCGCCGCCGACUGGCCAUCAACACGGAGUUGGCUGCCUUUGAUAACGAGACAACCCGUCGUCGACGACCGAGGUCAGCACAGUACCUAGCACUUCAGUCAACGGUCGACAAGAUGCUCUGCCGUGUCGGAAGGGAGCAGCCAGGCCUGCUGCUAUGCGACAACUAUCCGGCUGUCACACGCACGUAUCCGGAUAUUGACGACACGGUCGGCCGCGAAAUUAUUGGCAGGCCAUAG